CACAGUCUCUCGACAGAGGGUAGAAUGAUGCCCACUACGUUGGUCUGCUCCAUGGCCGAAAGUUCAGUUUUGCCCGAAACACUCCUAUGAUGUUGGCUUAUCUUCCAAGAUGGACAGUCAUAGGCCUCGUUGACAAGAAUCUUCUGUAGAGGGUGUUCCUUGCAGGCUUUACAGGAAUGGGUCAGACCAUGCCAUCACAGCGUUGGCACUGCAAGUGUAACACGUUACCAACCGCAUGUGUGGUUUUUCACUUGCCUGGUGUUCCUGGAACGUUGACGUGCGCUGCCAAAAAUGCCGUUUGCAAGCCACGAAGCAUCAAAGUCUUAGUAAGACAAAUCUGGCGGAUCAAGCCCUCAACAGAAUGGCUCAGACUGCCCGCGCCAUGGUGUUGUUGGCAUUCCUUCUCAUCGGCCUUGGUGGCAUCACACAUCGACAUCCGUUCGUCGACAGUUCUGACGAUGGCCUCGAUGGUGGCCAGAUCGAUACGAGCUUCGUGGUGCCGCACAUGGCAAACUUUGCUGGCAGCCGUGGCUUGUCCUUGAACUCACACAUUGUCAUGAAGGCGAAGGAAAAAGACAAGCAACAAUGUGAGGCUCAGUGCGGUGCAGCAUCUUCCAGUUGCUGCGCAGGGUGCACACGAUCACCGCCACCAUUGAGAGGGCCUUGUAUGGCUUUGUGCGGCAGUGCCUUCGUUGCAUGCAUGGCUUCAUGCUAGAGUCGGCCGCUGCGGCGAAGAUACGUGUGGAACACUGAGCAGGUUUUGUCCCUCAUAGGUUUCGUCCCUGCCACCAGUGCACGGUACUGGCGCAGAGGUGCUGGCGCGAGUUGAAAGCGUGAA